UUCUCACCUAAAUUAUGUAAAACCGUAUAGGAUGACCCGAAAGAAUUUGAAAACCGCACAUUUGGACCAAAUAAACCACCUCGAAUACGUUAUCUGAGAAAAAAAGCCCUAAAAGUGGUGCACUCAUCGCCAAAAUUCUCUGAUUUUAGGUACUCUCUUGCUCAGAGUCGUUCGAGCUUUUACUAGGGUAGUGCAUGAAUCUUCACCUGUUGUGCAUCAACGCAUCAACUACGCCUUUACUGACUUCAUUACCUGAUUCAGUAUAUGGGUUUGUGGACACUUCUCGAGGGUUGCCUACUUAUUGCAAAUGCUCUUGCUAUAUUAAAUGAAGACCGGUUUCUUAGUCCUCGAGGAUGGAGCUUUGAGGAAUAUUCUGGGGUCAAGAGAAAUUCCUUCAGAGGGCAGAUUCUUGGACUUAUUUACGCAGCGCAGUAUCUAAGAGUUCUUCUCAUACUCCUUAACACCUUAUUUAUCGUUAUAAAGCUGGUGUCCGGAUGAUGAUGCAAAGAUACUUAAAAGGUUGUAGAUGGAGAGAUACUCCAAGGACUACAAGCAGCUGUUUUGUUGAACAGAUGGCAAUCCGGUACAAAUGGUGUUCUUUCAAUUGUUCAUUUUUUUGUUGAUUAGGAAUUUAGUUCAUUUGACCAUUAUGACAAAAUGUUGUAAAAGUAAGCCCUUGACAUAUCAGAUAAUUUCGUAGCGAAUGAAAUAGCACGCCUUUUUUUUCUUGUA